UUUUCCCUCGUGUUAUUUUUUUUUUUGGGGGGUUCGGAAAACGUGCGUCGACGUCGACAGCGACUGAAAAACGGCGACUGAAAACGGCGACGAUGUAAAAUUUUAUUACCCCAAACGCAUCGAGCAGUCGGGUUUUGGACGUCCGGACUUCACCGCCGCCUCGCUGCGACGACAGACUUUUAUUGCAGCGACUGCCAUAUAGAGUGGGUACAGAUUCCAUGGUCAGGCCCGGAGAUCCCAAAAACUUUCUGAAGACGGACACAAACUUUUUCCAGAGCGCGGCAUAAAAGUGCAAAAGUUUUUGUUCGGCAGCGCCACAAACUAAAAGAAACUUCGCCGCCACCGCCGCCGCCGCCGCGAAACCCCCCCACUUUAAAAAACAAAAAGCCAAAAACAAAAUACUAAAUACAAAAUACAAUAAAAAGAAUAACCAGUGCAAUGCAAUGCAAACAAAAAAAGAGAAACCCAAGAGUAUAAUAAACAAAUACUAAAAAGUGCGUGGUCUAAUUGAUAUCAAGUAUACGCCUCGUAAGCCGGCUUAAGUUUACCAAAACUCUAAACAUUCAUUCGUAAAUAUCACCGCCGUCGUCGUCGCGUUGACAAAAACGGAGCUGAAAAGCCGUAAAGUCGGAAAAGCCACCGGGAAGAUGGCGCUGUCCAAGCGUCCCCUCACCAAGGACACGCCCUUGUCCGAGAAUAAUGGGAACCACACGGGCAACGGCAACGGUAAUGGUGACCACGAGACCUCCAUCAAGCGGCGCAAGCGUUGCAGUCGCGACGAGGACUCCACUCUGAGCUCCAACAACAACAACAAUAAUAACAAUAACAAUACGAACAACAAUAACAAUAGCAAUAGUAACAACAACAACUUGCCGCAGAAGAAACGCAAACAGGGACACAUUGCCGAUAGUCCGGAGAGUCCCACCUGCGGUUCCCUCCUGCUGCCCACACCCACACCCACUCCCACGGCCACUCCCACAGCCACGCCCACAUCCGCCGGCAAAGGCAACACGGAUGCGGAUCAGGACGAUGAGGCACUCAUCCGCGAGACACAGGCCGCCCUGAAGAGCCUCUCGGGCAGCUGGCCCUCCGAUUCGCGCGGCAAUCUCUAUCGGCUGCAGGAACAGGACGAAAACCCACCGCCCUUCCAGAAUCUGUUCGAGGAGAAGCAAAAGUAUGUGGCCAUCGGCCAUGCCAUCGACAGCAGCUCAACCAAUCCCACAAAUCCCACGCUCUUCUCACGUUUCCACAGACAAAAGGAGAACGACCAGGCGCGUCUGAAUGCCAGUGGCAAUGUCCACAAUGUCCACAAUGUCCAUAGUGUCCACUUGGAGCGCGGCAAGAAGUCGCCCGAUCGGUUGGAGGAUCACGAACUAGAGGACACCUCGUCCUCCGCCUCAGGACAAGGGGUGUAUGCCCAAGCGGCCUCGGCCUUCAAGCCGCCCAUCGAUAUCAUCAAACGAAAUUAUGUGGCCGCCGCCCAUGCCCAUUAUAGUGCCUAUAAUGCGGCCGCUGCAGCGGAAUCGGCCGCCGGAUUGGCCUAUUACGGCUAUGCUGCCGCUGCUGUCGCCAGUCAGCAGCAACACCAGCAGCAGCAACAGCAACAGCAACAGCAACAGCAACAACAACAGCAGCAACAACUCAGUACCGCCUUCGAUAUUGCCAGCCAGUUGGGCGAAAAGCAACAGCAACGGCCCAAGGAACCGAUGGCCGAUGGCAAACAGUAUACGAUCCUCCAGCCGGCGGGCAUUGGCAGUCGGGCUGCGUCCGUGAUGCAGGACAUUGCGUCGCGCGAGGGCGUUGUCGGGGUGCCCCUGGUGGCCACGCCCCCAUCGACGGCGGCCAACAGUCCGGCGGCGGCAGCUGGAUCCUCGUCGACUCCUUCGACACCGGCGCCCAGUUACUCGCCGGGCAGCCAGAAUCGCGCCGGCGAUCUGGAGAAGCACGAGAAGGAGCUGCAUCCGCUGGACAAACUGAAGCUGGCCUCCAAUCACUAUCUCAACAACAACAACAGCAGCUGCGUUAACAACAACAACAGCACGACGAAUCUUGGUGGCAGCACGGCGACGACAACGACGAUGCCGAUUAUCAAAUCGGAGUACAGUCCCGUAGCCAGCAUCAAAUCGGAGUAUAAUAAGAGCCCCAUGCACUCGUAUCUGUCGGGCGAAGCGGCCGCGCCCGCCCCCGCCGCCCCCUCAUCGGCGAGCGCCGCCCAAGCGCCGCGUUCCGGAUCCACGAGCGGUACAGGAUCGACCUCGAACGGAGGUGAGAACAACCUGCACGCCCCCCACUUGAGUCGCUUCGUUGGGCUGCAGAGUCCGCCGCACCAGCCACAUCUCAAUCCCCACGGACACCACCAGCAGCAGCAGCAGCAACAGCAACAGCAGCAACAACAGCAGCAGCAGCAACAACAGCAGCAACAACAGCAACACACGCUGCACCAGCAGAGAGGACCCUUCAUAGAGGGUAAUGAUGUACCCGAUCCCUCGGCCACUUAUCACUCGGAACACCAGCAGCAGCAGCAACAGCAACAGCAGCAACAGCAGCAGCAGCAACAGGCCGACGAGCGACAGCAGCAAUAUGAGCAGAUGCGCUAUGCCCAAAGUCAUGUGAGCGUUGGUCCCAGUGGGGAGUUGAUGGCGCCCAACGGUGGGGAAUUGUCACCGGGAACGGCGAGAAGCGCCUAUGAAGCGCAUCCCGGACAUCCGCAUCCGCAUCCCGGCCAUCCCGGGCAUCCGCAUCCGCAUCCGCCCGUCUCGCUGAGCUCCCUCAGCUCGCCAGCGUUCACAGUGGAUGCGGUGAGCGCAGCAGCGGCCAGCGGAGCGGGCUUCGAGCGGUACGACCCCAGCAGCGUCUGCUGUCCCAGCAACGGGGGUCAAAGGGCAUCGGCGGCCACAGCGGCGACGGCGGCCACAGCAGCGGCCGCCUACCACUAUCUGCCGCAAACCACCGACGAGAUGCAGGCCCAGCAGCAGAAGUAUCUGCAGGAGCAGCAGCUAAUGUUGGCCAAGGCGGAGCACGAGGAGCUGGCCAACGGGGGUCAGCCCCUGUAUCCGCGGCCCAUGUACCACUACGAUCCCACCAUGGGACCUCUGCCGCCGGGCUUCUCGGCCAUCAAUCUGUCGGUGAAGAUGGCCGCCGCCCAGGCAGCCGCUGCUGCCGCCGCCUACCAGAACCAGCAGCAACAGCAACAGCAGCAGCAGCAACAGCAGCAGCAACACCACCAGCAGCAACAGCAACAGCAGCAGCAGCAACAGCAGCAGCAGCACGGCAAACAGAGCAGCUCACCCGCCCCAAAUGUGGGCGGUGGUGGUGUGCCGGCGGUGGAUCUCAGUGGCUCCACCUCGGUGACGAGCAGCAGUCCGCACGGUUUCAAUUCGCCAGCCUCGCACAACCAGUACACCGCCCAGCGGAUGGGCAACGGCAGUCCACAGCCAGGAGCCAGUCCCAACAUAGCCAGUCCCCAGGUGCCGAGUCCCCAGGGUCAAACGUUGGACCUCAGCGUCACCCGCUUACCCCACAGCAUUAUCACGAGUCCACAGUACGGCGCCGAUGGCCUGGUGGUGGGUCAUGCCCAGGGAUUCGUGAGUGGGGCGACAGGACCUCUGGGUCCCGGCAAUGGCGGACCGCCGCGAUCGCCGCAAAUGGAACCAGUGGACUUCAGCGGACCCCCGCGACCCCUGGGCUUUGGUCUGGUGGGCCACAUCAGCGGUCCGCGACCUUACAGCCGCGAAUCCACGCCGGACAGCGGCGGCUCUCACUAUAUCGAAACGUAUCGGGAUCCCAGUGGCUACUCCCCGCACCCCGGUUACGGGAUGGUGGUGCAGUCGGACUAUCCGCCAGCCGGAUACCACGGCUACGGCCCGGCGGCGUACCAGUGCAGCAAUCCGUACGCCACGGCCGUCGGCCCCGGUGGCUAUCCCACGCCCGUCUCCGGCGGAUACUCGCCCAGUCCGGCCACCUGCUACUCGAUGCCACCGCCGCAGCACAUCCCGCAGCACGACAAGUCCAAGGACGGAUUGACGGGCUGCUCGCGCUCGGACCGCAACCAUCUGCAAUCGCACUCGCAGGAGCUAAAGUGCCCCACGCCCGGAUGCGAUGGCUCCGGACACGUGACCGGGAACUACUCGUCCCAUCGCAGCCUCUCCGGCUGUCCCAGGGCCAACAAGCCCAAGAGCAAGCCGCGCGAUGGCCAGGACUCGGAGCCCCUGCGGUGUCCCAUCCCUGGAUGCGAUGGUUCCGGCCACUCCACCGGCAAGUUCCUCUCCCACAGAAGCGCCUCGGGCUGCCCGAUCGCCAAUCGCAACAAGAUGCGAGUUCUGGAGGCCGGCGGCACUGUGGAGCAACACAAGGCCGCAGUGGCAGCUGCCACCGCCAUGAAGUUCGAUGCCUGCACCACGGUGGGCAGCCAGGGCAUCAAGAAGCCAAAGUUCGAUGAGGUCACCAUGGUCUAUCCCAAGGGUUAUACAGGCGGCAGCGGUCUGGACAUCGUCAUGGGCGGCGUAGGGAGCAGUGUCGGCGUGGGACUGGGCCUCAAUGUCGGCAUCGGGGUCACCAGCAGCAGCAGCAGCGGCAGUACCGGCGGCGGCAACAACAACUCCAGCGGCAGCAGCAACACCAGCGGAACCGACAAGAAUCCGAAUCCAUCGGGCGGGGGAGGAGGAGGAGGUCCCUCCUCGGGGGCCACUGGCAGCGACGAUCUCAACACACUGGAGGCCGAGAUCUCGGAGCUGCAGCGGGAGAAUGCCCGCGUGGAGUCGCAGAUGAUGCGGCUCAAGUCGGACAUCAAUGCCAUGGAGUCGCAGCUGAGCACCAGCGAUCGGGAGGCUUCUCCACUGAGCGGCCACCAGCAGCAGCAGCAGCUCCCCCGCUCCUCGGUGGCUUUGGCCUCGCCCAGCGGUCAAUCGCCAUUCGCCAGUGUCAGUUCCACCAGUGGCACCACCGUCGGCGGCGGGGCAGGGGCAGGCGCCAAUGGCGGCAGCAGCAACUCCGGAGGCAGCACCACCAAUGCCAACGAUCUGAACCACUCGAUCAGCAAUUUGGCACCCAGUUCCGGCAGCAAUCCGAACCUCCAGCCUCUGGAUGGUGGUGCCCCACCCAAUGCCAAUCUGAACAACUACUACGAGAGCCUGCGGAACAAUGUGAUCACGCUGCUGGAGCAUGUGCGUCUGCCACCGCCGCCACCUCCUCCGGGCGGUUCGGCCACUCCCAGUUCCUCGGCCGCAUCGGUGGUCCAUCAUGGGCUGGAUAAUGUGUGUGGUGGUCAGCUGGUGACCGGGGGAUCCCUGGUGGGUGGCGACCAUGCUGCCGCGUACUCCACACUCCUGCCGCCGCCACCACCACCUCCGUCGUCGGGUGGCUCGGCUCCGGGUGGUGGUGGCAUGUACGGAGGAUCCGGUGGUCUCCAUCAGGCAGCCAACUCCAGCAACCACAGUGGUGGCCUGUCAUCCGGCGGGGCAGUGGGACCGCCUCCAGUGCCGCCGCCACACCAUCAUCCCUACACGGUCCACCAUCCCGUCGGCUAUGCCCAUCCGCAUGCCCAUCCGCAUGCACAUCCGCAUCCGCACGAGCACUUCGACUCGUACAUCUCGAAGCUGCAGUCGCUGUGCGUGCCCCCAGAUGUCUAUGCCCUGCCCGAGGAUGCGGAACGGCCCGUCUACAACUCGGUGAAGCCCACAAUGCACCAGGACUACGGCAAGCUGAUGCCGACGCCCAUCUAAGACCCUGAGAAUCAAAAGCCCAGCACUGGUGACCCCAAACUGAAACAGAGCCACAUCCCGUCCAGGGCUCAAAACAAGUGUAAAUACUCAAAAAAAAGAUGAGACAGCAGUGAAAAAACUGGAGCUAUUCAUAGGCCUGACUUUAAGGCAGACUAUACAAAUUAAAGAAAAUAAAAACUGGGGGACAGAGUGUCGGUCGGGGUCACCCGACCUUCAUGCUCAAGGCCCCAUUAGUACUUAACAUAAUGCUAGUUAUUAGGUCUAGAACACUAACCAUUUAGUUGGUCGGGGCAAUGCUAGUCCCAAGUCUUAGUGCUUAGAACUGUUCCACGUCCUAGAUCCUAGACGCUUUCGUCGUGUGUUGAUAGCAACUCUGUAUAAAAACCAAGAAGGGAAAACCAAAUAUAAGUGUGUAAUUGGAUUAUAAAUUGCAAUUUUUUUUUGUCUGUAUCAAAUACUAAAACUAGAAGUUAUAGAUAUCUAUAUAAAUAUAUAUGAAAUAUUGAUUUAACUGUAGGGCAUUUGUUUGGUGUUAAUGUCUGGUCAAUUUUUUGCAUACGGAACACGAGAUGUUCGCAACUACUUAAUAGUCCCUAUCCGAAAUCCACGUAGUACCCUCUAGCCCAUAAUAUCCCCGCAGGCUAAGUUUAGUUUAGUGGCAAAGUCGAACACCAAAAGUGGAAGAACGAAGUAUAAUACGACAUAUAGACAUGCAAAUAUAAUCAGUACUAAACUUAGUGGAUGUAAUCGUACGAUUUUUUUUUGUUUUUUUUGUGUAAUUGUAAUAUUGAAAAUGUAAUAGUAAUAUCAAGCGAAUAUCUAAAACUAUAAUGGGUAAGUGUGUGAAAGAAAGUGAGAACUUUGGCAAAACGAGGUGGCAAAACAUACAUAUAAUCGGGAGAACAAAGCACGAGUACAUUUGCAGAUUAUAUCAGUAUGUGAGUGUAUAUGUAUGUCUGCUUAUCUGUAGGAUCGUAAGUUUUAAUGUUACCCCUUACGAAACCGGGCAAGAGGCAUUAACCAAAACCCCAAAAACAAAACCGAAGAAAUAGAUUAAAAUUCAGUGCAAUACAUUCAACCAAAUGAUGGCAGAACGAAAAACCAAAAUCGUAAUAAACUAAUUGUGUAAGCUUAAGUAAAAAAAGUAGUUGAACAAAAAGUAACGUUUUUUUUUUGUAUCAUCAUACGUCUAAUCUUAAACCUAACUAUAACUAAAUAAAAAAGAAAUAACUCGUAGAACGGAGAAAAAGGAACCCCAAAAACCGCAAGGUAAUUUAGACGAAUUUUAAAAGAAAAACCAAAUGGAAAAAGUUGAAAACAAAAAAAUGAGUGGCGAAAUGCGAAAGAGUAUGAAAAUAAAUAGCAGGCUUAACAAAAAUCAUUGUACUAAAUGAAGUAAUACAUUACGAUGAUUAAAAUAAUUAAACUAAACUAAAUAUAAAUCUAAAAUAUAUAUAUAUAAUAUAAUAUUGUAUUGUAUGACAAGAAAAAAUUCUGUAAUUUA